UGACCGAGCUAUUUCAUUCCCAGCUGUUCCCGAGAAGUAAACCAUUAUCCCGAAGUAGCCAUGGCAGAUUCCGUUGCUCCAGCCAAGUCUCCAGCUAAGAAGAAGGCCACAAAGCCUAAAGUGCCUGCUGCACACCCCAAGUACAUAGACAUGAUCAGCGCCGCCGUUUCAGCCCUGAAGGAACGCGGGGGCUCAUCCAGACAGGCCAUUCUCAAGUACAUCAUGGCCAACUACAAAGUGGGCAACGAUGCUAAUUUCGUCAACGCUCACCUGAAAAUGGCCCUGAAGAAUGGUGUUAAAAAGGGUGCUCUCAAGCAGGCUAAGGGUACAGGCGCCAGUGGCUCCUUCAAGCUUGGAGAAAAACCCAAGACCGAGAAGAAGCCUAAAGCCAAAAAGGUUGCCAAACCCAAGGCAGCUAAACCUAAGAAGACCGCUGCUAAGCCCAGGACACCCGCCGGUGAGAAGAAGGCCAAGACUCCUAAGAAGAAGGCAGCAGCAGCAGCCAAGAAACCAGCCGGACCCAAGAAAGCCAAAUCUCCCAAGAAGAAGGCGACACCCAAGUCCCCAAAGAAGGCUGCAACCAAACCCAAGAAGGCCAAGACUCCUAAGAAAACAGCAGCCAAGAAAACCAAGACACCCAAGAAGGCAGCAGCAAAGAAAUAAGCAGUCUGAGCAUCCCUGUCAGUCUGCAUCCAAGCUUAUUAAAAAAAAAAAGCCCUUUUCAGGGCUACCAAAAUUUUCAGAAAAGAUACCUCAGUUACAGUCGUUAGAAAAUGUUUCAAC